CUAAUUUAUAAUAUGUCUUCAAACAAGCUUAUUGCUGGUGUGAUCGGAGUUGGCGCUAUUGCCGCUGCAGGAGUUGGACUCUACUACCUCCUUCAAGAUGAUGAGAUUGAGGUAGAAUAUGACCCAAAGAUCCAUAAUAAGGAGCUCUUGUUAAGCCUUUUCCAAGAAUUUGAGGUUGAAUACGCUUCUUUAUAUCUUCAUUGGCACUCAAUGCUCAAGGCCAAGGAGAAAGAAGUCGGUAAAGGCAAAAUCGACAAAUUUGCAUUGGAGAAGUUUGAAGAACAAGUUAGACAACUUACUGAGCAAGUUGACGAAGAGAUUUUUGGCCAAAAUAAGCUAAAUUCUCAAGUUUUUGAUAAAAUGUUGGAAGCCAAUAAGGAUGACGCUGCUGUCAAGAAGUUCCAAGACAAUAUGGAGAAAAAUUAUAGCAAACUUAUGAACGUUGAGAGACCAGAAUUCCACUUCGAAUUCCCAAAAGAACUUACUAAGGAGGAUUAUCUCAAAUAUUUAAAACUUUCUUAUGCCAAGUUCAGAUAUGAAAUCUAUCAUGAAGUACAAAAAGUUAUGAGAGAGACUGGCCAGCAGAGAAUCACAAAAGAACAGUUUGAUGGAGCAAUCAAGAAGGUCUCCCUUCCUUCUGUCAAGGAGCAAGCAUACAAAAAGUUGAAUUUCCCUGAAGUGCCAGGGGAGAAAACUGGAAAGACAGCCUUGAAGGCCUAUCUAGUUCAUAUGCAGAACGAUGAAAUCUGGUCAAGUGAAAUCCUAUCUCUCCAGAAAUCCCAUAAAGAAAUUCUAUUCCAGAUUCCCGAGGGAGGAAGAAUCGAAGGAAUGCAUGAGGAUCCACUAGAAGUCUUCGAUAGGGAGAGAGAAUAUGAAAAGCAAUUCGAUAAGAAAAAGAGUGCCACCGAUGCCACCCAUGCUACUAUUGAAAGUCAGAAAUCUCUAGAUAUGUCAGCAGAGUCAAAGAAGGGAAAUGGUUCUUUCUCAUUUUUGGGCAGCCAAAAAGACCAGCAAAAACUUGUCCAAGAGUUCCUAAAUCGUAAUAAGAAGACUGAUGAAAUUAAGGAAGUAGCUGAAGAAGACAACCAGGAUGACAAGCCUGAAGAGGAACAAAAGAAAGCCCCUGAAGAAACUAAGGAGGAGAAGAUCAAAGAAGCUCAAGAACCAGAAACUGUAGAGAAGCCUAAAUCUGAAGCCGAGGAGGAUUCUCCUAAGGUUGAAGAUGAAGACGAGGAUGAUAAUAAGGAAGAUGCUUCUCCUGAAGAUGACAAUAAGGAAGAUGCCUCUCCUGAAGAUGAGAAUGAAGCCGACAAUGAAGAAGACAGCUAAAGUAUUCGUGAAGUUAA